CACUGAAUAUGAGCCCUGAUGCAAAUGAUCUAGCGGUGUACCAUAACGACUGUGCGCAAUAGGUUUCGUUUCAACAAAAUGGCGGCCAGUUCGGCGAGUUGGAAACCGCGUUUUUGGAAGCCAGAUGCUGAAAAACCUGGCGUUGAUGUCGCGACAGAAAGACCACUUAAUGAUAACGACACUACAGCUUCAGCUGUUUACAAUCCAAACAGCUCAUUAUCCAUUACUCUUCAAAGGCAAAGACUUCCAAUUUUCAUGCACAGAACGAACAUUCUGUAUCUCUUAGAGAAAUACGAAACUGUUAUAAUCGUUGGGGAAACAGGCUGCGGAAAAUCCACACAGAUUCCCCAGUACCUUCACGAGAGUGGCUGGACAGCUGGAAAAUGGAAAGUGUGCGUCACACAGCCUCGCAGAGUGGCUGUUGUCACUGUGGCAACAAGAGUGGCACAAGAGAGAGGGUCGUUCAUAGGCGAGGAAGUUGGCUAUUCAAUCCGAUUUGACGACUGUUGUAAUCCAGAAAUAACUCGCAUGAAAUUUGUGACCGAUGGUGUGUUGUUAAGGGAAACGAUGAGUGACCCUUUGUUGUCACAGUACAGCGUGAUCAUGUUGGAUGAAGCUCACGAGAGAACACUACACACUGACAUUAUGAUAGGGCUGUUAAAGAAGAUUAAGAAAAAGCGAAAAGAUCUAAGGAUAAUUGUUUCCUCUGCUACACUUGAUGCAGAGAUGUUCAGAGAUUUUUUCAACACCAACAUUACAAAAGAUUGCAGCAAGGAUACUGCAGCAAUUUUGUCAGUGAAGGGACGAUCGUAUCCCACUGACAUCCAUUUCACUCUCAGCCCCGUUCCUGAUUACUUAAAAGCAACAGUGGACACUGUCAUGGGAAUCCACAAAGAGGAAGCCCAUGGUGAUAUUCUCGCAUUCGUCACAGGCCAAGACGAAGUGGAAACUGUAGUUACACAGCUGAUUGAGAGAGCUAGAGAACAGGCUAAGGGCUCUCAGUAUCUUAAAGUGCUGCCUAUGUACAGUGGUCUUCCCCAUUCAGAGCAGAUGCUGGUGUUCAAGCCAACUCCUCAUAAUACAAGAAAGGUUGUCGUGGCGACAAACAUUGCUGAGGCCUCCAUCACCAUAAAUGGAAUUGUGUACGUCAUCGACUGUGGGUUUGUUAAGUUACGAGCUUAUUCUCCCAAAGUUGGAGUUGAAAGCUUAGUUGUUGUGCCUGUAUCACAGGCCUCAGCAAAACAGCGUGCUGGCCGGGCUGGUCGUGUUAGGUCAGGAAAGGUUUAUAGACUCUACACAGAAAAAGAUUUUGAUGGUCUUAAACAGUCCACUGUGCCAGAAAUGCAACGAUGCAAUAUGGCUUCUGUUAUGUUACAGCUGAAAUGCAUGGGUAUUGACAACAUUCUCCGGUUCAAUUUCCCAGCUCGUCCUCCUGCCCAAAGUGUGAUACGUGGCUUGGAACUGUUGUAUGCUCUAGGAGCCAUUGACCAGCAUGGAAAGUUAGUGGAUCCCUUUGGGGUAAACAUGUCUGAAUUCCCUACAAAUCCAAUGAUAGCCAAAAUGUUGCUAUCAUCAGGAGAAUUUGGUUGUUCAGAAGAAAUCCUUACAAUUGCUGCCAUGCUGCAGAUACAAAAUAUCUUUGUCAGCCCAAGCAAACAGAAAGCUGCAGCCGACAAUGCCAAGAGAAAGUUCUCUGUUUAUGAAGGAGAUCACAUUACCCUGCUGAAUGUCUACGAAGCCUUUGUGAAGUUCAAGAAAAGCUCUAAAUGGUGUCACGAGAACUUUCUGAACUACAAAGGACUUUGCCAUGCUAUUAAGAUCCGGGAACAGUUCAAUAAACUCCUUUUACAAUUUAAAGUACCAAUAAUCUCUUGUGAUGGAGAUGUCGACCCAAUCUGUCAAUGUAUUGUAAGUGGGUUCUUUGCUAAUGCUGCACGCUUACAUCCGUCAGGGUCAUAUCGCACAGUGCGGGAUGAUCAUCCACUCUAUAUCCACCCAACAUCUGUCCUGUACACAGAAACUCCACCACAGUGGGUGGUAUACCAUGAGGUACUUCAGACAUCCAAGGAAUACAUGCGAGAUGUCACCAAAAUUGACCCAUCAUGGCUGUACACUCUUGCACCUCAAUAUUAUGAGUUUGGUACUGAGAGGGAAAUUGCAGCAAAGAGAGCAAAAUAUGUUUGACUUUCAACAUGCUUUUUUGGAUACUGCAGAAAUCACGUACAAAUGUAUCACUGAAUACUUGUAGAGACUUAAUGUCAGACCUAACCUACCAGUCAGAGAGUAACUUGUCCAUGUCUUUUGACCCUUUAUACCCUAGCAUCAGUAUGCAUAUUCUCCAUACUGUUCUGUAUACGCAUCCUAGGUGAUGUCAAGGAUAAUUUGUUUGGUGAUCAAGAUUUUUUAAUUUGGUGAUCGUUUCAUUUAAUGUGUGAUUAGGGGUGAUAUUGUAAGCAGAAAUUAGGUACUAGUCACUUUUAGAUUCAUGAGCUUCAUGAGUGUGUCACUGUCCAUGCAAAAUGAGUCCUACUUUACUCAUGAGGUUGCUUUGGUGGUGAACCCCUUUGAAGGUUCAGUUUACCUUCUCAAGACACAAACAUGCGAGAACUUUACUUGUUGAUGGCUGCUUUUUCCAGACAUGAAAGAGAUCACAGCAGUCAACUACUAAAAUGCAACAGUUUUCCCAUGCUUUAACUGCAGCACAAGUAGACACAUCUUUCUGCAUAUGAGAUGUGGAUUAUUAAAGGUUAAGGUUCACUGAAAAUA